AUGAGGGAGGAAGAACAUCCCCAGACUUCAAGUAUGGACAGCAGUACCAAUCGCGAUAAUUCCAUCCUCAUUAUUGGCAGCGGUACAUUUGGAAUCAGUACUGCCUUUCAUCUUGCCAAAAGAGGGUACAGCAAUAUCAGAUGCAUCGACAAGCAUGGAUAUCCGAGUCCAGAUAGCGCAGGCUAUGAUUUAAACAAAAUUAUCAGGACAGAAUACGAUGAGCCUCUUUACGCGCAGAUGGCUCUUGGAGCUAUUCAAGCGUGGCGAGACCCUUUAUGGAAAUAUGUAUUUCAUGAGACUGGUUGGUUGGUGACGACUUGCGGAGACAAACAUGCAAGCGAGCAUCUUAGACAAUCGUACGAGAACCUGAAGAAUAACAAUCAAAUAUCGGGGAUCGAUUUCGUUGAGACCCCAGAAGAUUUGAUCCGUCAUGUACCUCAACUGAGGCACGCUCGAGAUAUCUCGAAUUGGAAAGGUCUAUGGAACAAGCAAGCGGGCUGGGUACAUGCCCACGAUGCCCUUAAACUGCUUGCACAAGAGGCUGAAAAAUUAGGAGUUGAAUUCAUCUCCGGCCCAGAUGGGACCAUGACCAGUCUUCAGGUCUCAGAUAGGAAGCUGACGGGCAUCAAGGUAGCUUCUGGAAAGAUUCUCGAAGCAAGUCAGUACAUUCUCUGCACCGGCGCUGCAUCACCAGCUCUUCUACCCGAACUAUCACCGCAUCUCUGGUCGAAAUGCUGGACACUUGCCCAUAUUGAGCUCACAGAAGACGAAGCAAAAGAAUAUCGAAACAUGCCUGUCGUUGAUAAUCAUGAACUUGGCUUCUUUUUCGAACCAGAUUCGAAGACAAGAUGGAUCAAGAUAUGCAAUGCGACUCAAGGGUACCAGUCAAGAACGACUACUGGACCAGACGGUAAGCCGUAUUCAGUGCCACGUUAUGCUAGUGAUCAUCCAAAGGAUGGAAUCCCAAAAGAAGCAGAAGAUGCGAUCAGAAAGUUCAUUGAGGCGGUUCUCCCGCAAUUCUCAGACCGCCCACUGCUUGGAGCAAGAAUUUGCUGGUGUACAGAUACGGCAGAUCAACACUUCCUCAUAUCGAGGCAUGACAAGUACCCCGAGCUGCUCCUUGGAACGGGAGAUAGUGGGCACGGUUUCAAGUUCUUACCUACCAUCGGUUCGUAUAUUGCUGAUGCGCUGGAAGGAAAUGAGAGAGGAAUGCGGAAAGAGUGGCAGCUGAGAGAAAGAGAAUGGAAGAAGGAUGUUACGAGACCUGGAGAUGUGGUUAAGGAUUUGAGCGACGUUGGUCUAGGCGACGAAUAA